AUGAAAGGCUGGGUUUAUUCCCACAAGAAGAAUGGCGAUUGGUUGAAGUAUAUUGGCUCAAACCCAGGAGACAUCACGGAGUAUAACAUUGAAACCGAUAACGAUAAAUAUAUUCCACAGGGAAUAACACGAAAGUACCAUCUGGAAAUCUCGGAUGAGUCUGCGAAUAUGGACGGAACAGUCUUUGACAAAGCAAAGCUCUUUAAUAAGCAAUACCCUGGACCUUGGAUCCAGGCAUGUUGGGGAGAUAAUCUCGAAAUCACCGUCACCAACAAGCUGAAGCAUAAUGGAACUGCUGUUCACUGGCAUGGGAUCCGGAUGAUGGAAAAUAUGUUCAAUGACGGUGUUCCAGGCAUUACGCAAUGCCCUAUUCCCCCUGGUUCAUCAAUGACAUAUAGAUUCAGGGCCAGUCAAUACGGAUCCAGCUGGUAUCAUAGUCAUUAUUCUCUGCAGUAUGCAGAUGGACUCUUCGGCCCAAUGACGAUUCACGGGCCAUCCUCGGCAGAUUACGAUAAGGCCGUUGACCCGCUGCUGAUGACAGACCACCUACACAAUAGUGCAUUCGAGGAGUUUCAUAAUGAGUUGGGGGGCCAUCCUCCAAAGAUGGACAGCAUUAUCCUAAACGGAAAAGGAGAUUUCGACCAAACUGGCGACGUGAAAAAGAAGUAUCGUACUGUUCUUAAACCUGGCAAAAGAUAUCUUCUUAGGUUGAUAAACACCUCAAUUGCAACAACAUUUGUUUUUUCGGUUGAUGGCCACAAGUUCCACGUUGUCGGGUCAGAUUUUGUUCCGAUAGAACCCUAUGAAACCGACCAUAUUGCCGUUGGGAUUGGCCAACGCUACCAUAUUAUUCUCGAAGGGCUAUCUAAAGAAGAAGCCAAGAAGAACAGCCGUUAUUGGAUUAGGACGACGCCUGCCAAGGGCUGCGCAACAUUUCGCGAAGGGAGAGGCACUGAUGAUCGGACCGGAGUAUUCUACUACGAUCGAGACGACGGUAUGGCUCCUACCACUGAUGGGGGAGCCUUCGAUGUAGCCUGCCGAGAUGAGCCUCUAGAUAAGUUGAAGCCAAUAGUCAAAUGGACUGUGCCUGACCCAGGACUCAGUUCUCCUGGCGAGUUUGAGAAAUCGGUAGACGUGCAGCUUGGCCAGUGGAGGCGGCCAGGAUAUGCGAAUACAGAAAGCCUUGUUUCUAACUGGGAAUUUGGGCCGUCUCCUAUGUGGAUUAACUACUCUGAGCCGAUCAUAAAAAAUCUUGACAAGAAGGACUUCCCCGCGACGUGGGUUGUAUACCCAGCAGACGACCAUCUUAACGAUAAAUGGGUGUACCUUGUCAUCACAGGGAAGAAGCUAAAAGUACUUGAAACUCAAGUUGCUGUUGCACAUCCGAUCCAUUUGCACGGCCACGAUUUCGUCUUGCUUCAACAGUCAAUGGAGCCUUGGGACUCUUCCAAUGUCAACCUUAAGCUUGAUAACCCUCCACGACGAGACGUUGUUCUGCUACCGGCUGGCGGAUUUAUCGUGAUUGCCUUUAAGCCAGAUAAUCCAGGUUCAUGGCUGCUGCAUUGCCACAUCGCCUGGCAUGUAUCAGCCGGGCUGGCCUUACAGGUACUCGAGCGCAAGGAGGACCUGAAGGCUUUGACCCUGAACAACCCCGACUAUGACUUUAUGCAGGAGAACUGCCGAAGGUGGGAUGCAUGGCACUCAGAUAAAAGCAACUUUUGGGAUCCAAAGGGUUAUUUCCAAGACGACUCUGGGGUUUAA